AUGAAAGAAGGAAAAUGUUUUGGGGAAAAGCUUGCCGCAAGAUAUGUUGCAUCAGUCGCAAAAGGCCUUAUAUACUGUCACAAGAAGACUAUGAUACAUAGACGUAUUUUCCCAGAAAAUCUUUGGUUGGAUGCAGAGGGUAUUCUUAGAAUUGCAAUCUUUUCUUGGCGUGUCCGCACUGUCAAAGGAAAAAGUCGUCCUGCUUGUGGCAAAACAUACUAUUUACCACCUGAGAAGAUGGAAGAUCUGAUGGGCUUAUAUCUGGUAUUUCCGCAUCUGCGGAAAAAGGGCCGCAGAGGCGGCUCCGCAGAUGCGAUGAGGGCGUCGCAGGUGCGAAAGUCUGAUCAUGGGAGGACUUCCGCAGAAGCGGAUGGUUGUCCGCAUAUGCGGCAUUCGCAGAAGCGGUGGACCGCAGAAGCGGACCUGGAGGCAACUGUAUAG